AUGACCAUCCCGCCAGGUCAUGAUCAAUGCCGCGUACUCACGGGAUCCAAUUUUGAGAAUGUCUUCAACCUUCAUCUUUGGGCGUCUAAUGCAAAACUAAUCAACUACUACAUGAUAUAUGGGCAAGCCCUUUUUUCUCAUACUUGUGAGAUUCUUCCUAUACAGUACAAUUGCUGGCUUAUUGGCUCACAGCUUCGUCUCUUUCUGCGAAGCCCCCCAGAUUUCUACAAGACGGACUGGGUUGGAGACAGUACUGGCAGAAUUGUUUCCGUCUCCAAUCCAGCCGCCUUUGUGACUCUAUUGAGGAACCCCGACUCGGCGGCGUCGUUCUACAUUGCAAGACAAGAGAACUCCACGACAACGGAUGUAACAGCUUUCAAGCUAAAUGUCACUACUUCUGCUGGUAACUUUGAGGUCCCCCGUGCUACAUCCAGUAUCACGCUCACGGGCAGACAAUCAAAAAUUAUCGUCACCGAUUACUCAUUUGGCUCGUUAUCGAAGAUUCUAUAUUCUACAGCGCAGGUUCUGUAUGCAGGCCGGAUUGGUGGGAGAGAUGUACUGUACCUCUACGGUGACUCUACAUCUGAGUCAGAGGCUGCUCUGACAUUGCGUGGUACACCUCGUAUACAAGGGGCAGGAGUCUCCUUGGUACCCCCUAAUGGCAUCACUACCGUCACUUUCCGUCCGGGCAUACAAGGACUCAUUACAAUUUGGGAUUCCAGCGAACAGCUUGUCCUCUAUAGUGAUCCCGACACCGCUGGCACCAUUUGGUCGCCCAAAAUCCCUGCACAGGAUUCCCUUGACGAGAUGCAAGGAAUGGCUCCAGGGCGCACCGUGACUCUCAGCUUUUUGACAAGUACUGCUCAGAUGUCAAAUAUUGGCACCCUCAGCUUGGAGGUGCAGGCAAAGCUCGGCGAGAAGGACACUGCAAAAAAGGAGGCAAAGGCUGAGGCAAAGGCGGAUGCUGCACUUAAAAAUAUGGCGUCGCAAGUAUCAAUUAAGAGCUCAGGUACCUCAUAA